AGGGCAGGGAGGAGCAAAGGAGGGAUGCAUUGCCAUUGCAAUGCUGGCACAAUGGGCGUUGACUCGACUGAGUGACGUCAUGUCCAGUCCCGAUGAAACUGGACGCACAGGAUCUUGGAUCUUUCGCAACGCGGUUCAUUUCUCACAAGUCCGCUCUUCCAUCGUAAUUGGAGAUGGCCUCAUACGGAAUGCUACACUCGUACAUGUAUAUGCUAGUGGCUACAACGAGAGAACAUUCGCAAUGAAACUGUUCGAUGGAGGAAGAGGGACCAAGAACAACAAGCCGCCAAUCCCAGCGCGAGCGCCGUCGUUCGCAAUGCGGUGGGUGGGACGAGGACUGAUCUUUGUGGGGUGUUUGCAGCUGACCGUGUUGGCGUAUCAUCACAUUACCUUGGCGGACUUGAAGACGAUCCAGAGCUCCCUGUCGCUGGAUUCCACUGGUAUGUCGAGUUGGUCACGAGCACAGCAGCAACAACCAGUGGAUUCUGUCGCUUCCAACAAUAAUGCACAACAGCAAGAAGUGGAUGCGUUGAAGCAAGCCAUUGAAGAACUGAAAAAGCCAUUGCAACGAACCAACGCUCAAGUGGGAGAAAUGAAACUGCGCAUGGACAGUGUCUUGCUCAGCAGUCCUGGCAUGGUCCAAGCGCUCAACAACGAAGUGCAGACACUCAAAAAGACGGUCGAAACACUCCAGAAAAAUCUGCAAGAAUCCCGAAAAAGUGUCGCCGAACUGACCAAAAAAGUAGACACAGUCCUUUACGAUGCCAUUCUAGCCUUUUUGCACAUUGGCAAGGCCGGUGGAACUAGUUUUGAUACCAUCGGACAAAAGAUUGCCGACGAAAAGAAAUGGGCCUAUUUAGGCGGCCGUCAUUUUGAUUGGAGUCAAAUCGAAGUGGUCCAAAAACAACGAGACAAUCUACCCGUACAUGUCGUGACACUGUUGCGACAACCCGUGGAACGCGCCGUGUCGCAUUUUUAUUUUUGGAAGACACGGCAAUUGGGGGGAAGCGACACUGAUAACAAUUUACAGCAAAUGUCACUUAGCAAAUAUUUGUUGGAGGGCAACAAACAGCAUUUGCUCGAAACGAGAGAUAUUUGGCAAGAUGGACAAGCCGGUGUCAGUUGGUUGACGGGGACCCAUAUUGCCAGUUGGGUGGCACCCAAAAAGCGGACUGAAGAGGACGUUCUCAAACGAGAACAGGCAGCUUCCAACGCCACUGCCAUGCUCACGUUGGCGGCCGCUCGAUUGCGCGAAACGAGAUGGUUUGGCAUUUUGGAAGACUUGCCCCGCAGCAUGAGGUUGUUGCAACACGAAUUCAAUCUCUCGGCGAUGCCUUCCAUGCCCAUGAAGAAUAUGAAUAACAACAAGGCGACUCUCAAGGGUCCCGAGUACAAGGCAUUGGCGUCGCUCAUGCCACAAGAUCUCUGGUUGUACCAAUAUGCCAGGAGAUUGUUUGAGGCUCGCUGGCAAAAGUAUGCCACUGGGGUCUACCAAGAACCGCCGGCACCACCCAUGCCUACCGAGUUGUCGUGUGUCUCCACACGUGUCGAACUCAGCUGUACGUCCGGGCCAUUGGCGCAGUAUUUUCCUCCCGCAGCAGGAUGACGAAACAAUGAUGUCAUGGCUCUACUACGAACUUUUUCUGGCUUGGUCGUUACGCUGUUAGGUGACGGCAAUGACAGCAUCGCCGUGCAUGGAGGGAGGAUUGCUAUGGCAAAUCACAAGUCGCCUUCUUCUUUCAGAAAAGCAUUGAAAACAUCCAUGGCGUGUUGUUGUUUGGACUCCAAUUGCAUCAUCUCUCGAUGCGUGGGUUGCUGCUCCAGAUGAUGAAAGCCAGAAACAUCAAGUGUAUCCAAAGCCAUUGCAAACUGGGCCUUGACAGCCAAGAGCACACAAGUAUGUAUCAGCAUCCAGCACAAUGCCCUUGGCAUUGGCGAUAACACGUUUGUGGGAAGUGGAACGGUGUCAACGACACGGGCGGUCCAACCAUGUGCAAAAUUGGAAAUGUGAAAGGGAAGGCUGGCAUAUUUUGGCGGUGUAAAAAGCCACAAGAUAAACACAAACGGAAUGGACAGAUAAUAGAACUCGGAUACUGCGGCAAUUCCUUGGUGGAUCUUCUUGACCAACAACCAAUACAGGUGGAAUGACAACAGUUCUCUUGGAAAGGCCCCUGGAUCUGAAAGGAUCCCUUGCCUUACCGACUGUUUCUCCUUCAUGACGAAUCCAAGAAUGGCAAAAGUCAUAAUCCAGCCUGUUUCGAACGCAAUCAUCCCCAACGAAAUUCCGAAGAGGGAAACCAUUGCUGGAGCCAUGCUAGGCGCCUUUCCCAACGUUGCCAUGUACCGCUUGAUGGUUGGCAAGAGCUUGGAGCUUUGGAUUCGUUCCUCCACUUCUUCCUGAAGCUUCUUCAUGUGACGCUGCAUGCGCUCGUUCCCUCUCAAGAGAGCAAAAUCACUGGCCGCCAACCCGUGCACAUUACUCGAAGCAAGCAAUCCUUGUAGUCGAUCCCGUUUCCUUGCCUUCUGCGCCAAGUAGGAAAGCAUGUCAUUGUUCCCAAAGUAGACAGCGUAGUGGAUCAGGCUGUUUCCGUCUUCAUCCAGAGACAGGAGGAGAGCCUCUGAUAGGACAAAAUCCUUCAUCUUUGAAUCAAUCUCAAAACACUCUUCUUGAACCACCUUGGCAGCCCAGUAGUAGAUCGCGUCACAAAUAGUCUCGUGUACCAACUCAAUUGCAAUAUCGGUUUCAUCAGUCCUCAAAGCUUCCGCAAUAGGGUGGUUGCAGAGCUCCAUGACGUAGUACUUGGAUGGGCAGUCACUGGAGUCUAUAGGACUUUUCAAUAAAGCAAUCGCGUCCCCCACCCAUCGAUGGAAGGUUUCCACCCUUCUCCCUGGAUUCUCUAAUCCCAACUCUUUUGCUUUCUUUUCAUUCAUCCGGCGCUCCUUCUUUCGAUGGUUUUCCUUCUUUUUGUAUUCCUUAGCUUUUCGUUCCAUCUCUUCCUGCACUCGUGUUAGUUCUGCCUCCCAGGCUUCUCUUCGCCGUUCCCAUUCUUCCUGCUGUUGGCGCUUGGCAUGUUGUCUAGCUUUCUGCCUCUCCUUUUUCUGGCGUUUGCGUUCUUGUUUAGAGAUGGGCCUAUCUUCUUGCUGAUGAUCCGGGGUACUUGCCUCGUUGCCAUCGUCAGCUCCGUCAACCCCAUCUCGUUUGUCUAACUCUUGCCAAAGCCUCUCGUAGGCUUCAUUGAUCUGCUGUGUUUUCUCGAUAGAAUCUGGGCUGUUGUUGUUUUUGUCUGGGUGAUAAGUGAGGUUCAAGCGCAUCCAUAUUUUGCGUAAAGAGCCUUUAGUGACAUCGUUGUCAUCCAGCGAAUCAAUCCCAAACAGCUUCAUUGCUUCCUGGAGAGCCCUCUUUCCCUGGUCCUCAUUAUCGCUGCUACCACCGCUGCUACCACCACUGCUCCAAUUUUGGUGAUAUCGGUAAUCGGAAUCUUGGCUUCGAUCUUCAAUCAGAAACCUCUCCAGAAGCCACACCAGAAGCUGUAAGACCUUCAAGAGAAGUCCCUCGACCCAUGAUAGGAUGCUUCCAACAGAUCCAGCAUCCAUUCUUUACCAGCGAAAGUGAUUUACCAGCGAAAGAAUCUAAGAGCGGGAUACUAUGGGGUUAGAUGGACUACCGUACCGGUAUGCGGGGAAUGGAUUCCGGGUGUGGUCUCGCAACUAACAUGCCAACAUAAAAAUUU